GUUCUCUGGCCACGAUUACUUGGUGGGGUCAAGACUGAUUACUUUGUUCAGCUAGCCUAGAUCUAACAAAAACAUCAAAUAUGGCUGCUGGUUACCAGCUACCUGCCGAUUAUGGCUAUAUUGCACUUGUUGUAGCAGAGAGUUGGAUUUUACUAAAUUACUUAGGGUUUCAAGUAAUGAAAGCAAGAAAGAAGUAUGAUGUACAGUAUCCAAAGUUAUAUAGUGAAACCAGCAAUGAGUUCAACUGUAUACAGCGUGCUCAUCAAAACACGCUGGAAGUGUAUCCGCAAUUUUUGGCUUUCCUUUUACUUGGAGGACUUCAGUUGCCUAGACUGAGUGCUGUACUUGGCAACAUAUGGCUUGUCAGCAGAGUGGUCUAUGCUCAUGGCUACUACACAUUUGAUCCAAGCAAAAGAAAUCGUGGUGCCUUCGGUUACAUUGGCCUUUUGGGCCUGCUGGUGAACACUGUCCUGUUUGGUUUGAACUCCACUGGAUUCAUUUAAACAUUUGCUUAAUUAUCAUUUAGGGCAAUACAUUUUCUUGUUAUAGAAACAACUAUCAUUUAGGGCAAUACACUUUCUUGUUAUAGAAACAUAAUUUAUCUUUUUCUAACACAUUAUUUUGUACCUACCUAACUCAAGAGCAAUACAUACAUGUCAGAUGUGUUAAUUGAAUGACUUUUGUAGUUUCAAUGUUGAUAAUCACUUAUUCUGAUUUCAGAAAUAAUUAUACUUUGCGAUUGUCAUUUAUUUUUUUGUAGUAAUUUUUUGGUUUGUAAUUCAUUGUUGAUACUAACAUCACUUUUUUUUCUUGUGUCUUAACUUUAAUCAUGACACUUACAUCACUACUUACAUUUUAAGCCUUAUUGUAAACAUAUUAAUUAUUUGUAUUGUUUCCUUGCUGUGUUUAGAUUUUUUAUUUAAAACAAUAUUUUGUGCCAUGGUAAAGCUCUUAAGCUAUAUCAUAGGGACUAGUUCAGAACGGGCCAAAUAAAGCUUUCUGUUAAUGCUGUAUGUACAUUGUAAUACAUUUUUGUAGUAAAACUAAGAGAAAAA